UAAACUCUCUCUUCAUUGGCCAUCAGGCCCAAAGCCUAUUUAAGGAUGUGUGCUUGUGCUUGUGUACCUAUGUGUGUUCCCCAACGAGGGUUCGCUUCUCGAGGCCAGAACUCUUCAAAACCUGAGAGACAGAUCCAGACAUACAGAGGCAUACAGGGACCAGGCAGCCAUGUCAGUGUCUCAGAUCACCCCCACCCUGUUCCUGAGUGGAGCAGACGCCCCCCUCAACCAGGCCCUGGUCUCCCGCAAGGGCAUUACCCUCAUCGUCAAUGCCACCCUCAACCACGCCUGCCCUGUCUACCCAGGCGUGGAGUGCCUGCGUGUGCCCGUCUCCGAUCUGCCCACCGCCCGUCUAGGCGACCACUUUGACCGUGUGGCAGAGCGUAUCCACAGCAACCGGACGGGUGGUACGCUGGUGCAUUGUGCGGCUGGCAUGAGCCGCUCGCCGGCCCUGGUCAUGGCAUACCUAAUGCGUUACCGGGGCGUGACUCUGUGCCGGGCCCACGCAUGGGUGCAGGAGAGUCGGCCGUACGUGCGGCUCAACGCGGGUUUCUGGGCGCAGCUACUAGAGUUUGAGAAGAGGCUCUAUGGGAAGAAUACGGUUAAGGUGGCUGCGCCCAUGCCGCCAGUGGAGCCGCCCCCAUCGCCAUGGACACUGCGGUCAUCAUGGACACAGCUGUUGCCCGGGUCACCGUUGUUGUCAUCUUCGUCGCAGGCCAAGAGGUCAAAGAAGGGUAGGCUUGUAAGGAAAUAGUAGGGAGGGAAAAUGUCCUUCUCUGUCUGAAGAUGUGAGGGAAGAACUUACAGCCCUACUGCCUGAGAAUGUAAACCGAGGAAGCAGACUUGUCCCCUGCCUUGAUGUGAUGAGGGAAAUAUAGUACAUUAAUAAUGUAUGUAUGUACACUGAACCCAAAUAUAAAUGCAACAUGCAACAAUU